AUUCGUCCAGAAUUGGCAAGUAUGUACCUAAAAUGUAGUGCAAACAGCAGGUGCAGCUAAAUUCAUACAUACACUACAACUAUACAUACUACGUUACUGUCAAAAAUUUUAGGGUCACGCUAUUCAUCAUCAUCAUAUGAAUGUAGGUACAUACGUAUGUAUUUUGUACCCACAUGUGGGUGUCGUCGUCCCAUAAAGAAAGUGAAAGUAAACCAUACAUGCUGGCCGGAUUUAUUGGUAACGUUCCUUCCUUACAAACUCAUACACCUUUCACCCAUCCACUGCCUACCGAAAACCAAGCUGAGCUGCUGCUGAAGUAAAUAUGCAUGAAAAUAAGUGGAAUCUUGUUUCAAACAAAAUGUAGGUCAUGCAGUCAACCCACCGCACAUAAAAAGGUUACUUAACAUUGAAACACUUUCACUUCCUUUGCCCAUUAAAGUGUAAAAAGUGAGGCGUGUGCAUAUUUACACUUAUCGCCAAGAGAUCGUAAUGUGCAGGAAUGAAGUAACAGUUAGUUUGUUUCGGUAAAUCUGAAGGAAACCGCUAAUUCGCUCCCUCUUCGUGGUUAGUUAGUGGGAAAAUUCUUCCGUAUUUUGAAUCCAGGUCACUGUUAACUAGUAUCCCGGCAUCACCCACACACACUCACAUAUUGUUCACAAUAAGAGUGAACAAUAUGGCAUGACAAAUUGGUAGUGGGACAGUGCAGACCUGACCUAAAAUAAAUUGAGGGAAAGUAUGUACUACUUUCCAGUUUUUGUGAAUUAUUGCUUUUAGUCGGUCGUGGCAGGUCAGGACGAGAGAAAGUGACAAGCAAUUCGGGCUGGAAUUUCCAAAAAUACUGAAAAUUAUAUUUUCUCGGGAUGAAUUGUAACUCGAUUUUUCCAAGCACGCCGGCACCUGCACCGGCGCAAGAAAUUGCAGCACGAUUCUGCAUGGAAAAUUCAAAUUCGCCGGAUUAUGAAAAAAUCAAAGAACUCGAAGUUUUCAACUCGUACGAUCAGUUAUUAAUUCGUCGAAGCGUGGAUGAUCGGGAUAAAGGAAAACUAAAUGUUCCAAACUGCUACGAGGUAACGACAAGAACGGGUCAGCCCAUCUUUAAAGUGGUCCAAACAAUGGAUGCACCUCCAAAUGAGCGGCCCUCCUCCUCAAAACCAUUCAAACUCAGCAUUUUUGACAUGAGAUCGGGAAACGAGCUGCUUAAACUUGUCGCAAAACAGGGAGCCGACUCCGUGGUCGUGCACGCGCGACAGAAGCACGUUGAGUAUCACGGGAUUGGAAAAAUCCUGCGAAUUCGAGAAGGAAACGGAAUCCGAGGACCGAACUACAACGUUCGCGGAAGUUCUGGAAAAGUCGUCCUCAAAGUGAACGGAGGUUGUUGUCUUCUCUACAAAAAGACGACUUUCGACAUCUGCACGGCCGAUAACGCCAACUCGUAUGGAAAAAUAUGCAAGGAGACGGAGGAUGAAGAUAAGCGCUAUCACCGUCGCCCAAACAUGGCGAUUGACGACGUCGUCUACAAGAUCCGGUUCCCCAUCGAUAUUUCCAUGGUCAGCAAGGCCCUCAUUCUGGCUACAGCGUUGGUCGUGGACUACGAUUACUUUGACUGCGGCGCAAAAGAGGCACGGACCGACUUUCUCCUCAUGUCGGGUUGCCUGGCGUUUGUCGCAUUUAUCAUUUUACUCAUCGUGGUCGUCCUCACGGUCAGUGUGAGCACAAAGCUGGCACAUCUCUCGUCAAAGUACGGCAGUAAUGGGACGACGAGUAAUGAGUUGGAUCGUCAAUUUGAGCUGAUUGACACUGCAGCCCCGUCCAAACCAAAUCAACAUGUUUAUUAGAUGCGGAGUUAAAUCAAUUAUUGCCUAACAUUGUAAAUAUUAUGUGUGCAUGUCGUGUCGUGUCUCCCUAAAUAAAUAAAUUCUUAACUUCUCUUUGAAUUACUUAA